AUGACUCAAACCUCGUCCUCUUCCCCGGCCGUGCGUCUCGGCGGGCGCCGGAGAUUCACUCCUCCGCCCUCUCCAAACACUAAUUCUUCCUCCUCUCUCCACCUUUCCCACAGCCCAAAACCUGGCUUAAACCCUAGUACUGGAGAUUAUCAACAGAAUUCACAAGAACAAAACCACGCAACCAAGAAGAAGAAGAAGAAGAAGAAGAAGACGGGUCUUGGUAACGCUUGUAUUGCUGCAAAUCCUCAGGGUUCUUCUCGUUACUUGUUGGACGACCCGGUUUUCUUUGAUGGGUUCGUGGAUUCCGAUCCGGUUCCGGUACCGGUAGACCCGGUUUUCACUGAUGGGUCCCUGGAUUCCGACACGAUUCAGGCGUAUAUCGACCAGGUUGAUGAUGGUCCCGAGAAAACCAAACUGGGUUUCGGUUAUAACGAAGAUAGACUGAUAAUUAACGCCUCGAAGUACCUCUCGUCUUCUUUCUUGGAGAAGAAGCAACCCGAUUUCUUUGACGGGUUUUUAGAUUAUGACCCGGUUCUGUCUCCGGAUAACACCGUGUCCCAUCCCACAAAGAGCUCUCCGUCUGAAACUUAUCGUGAAGAUACACAUGGUACAACUCCAGAUGUUCAAAUCCAGACAUCUCCUCCUCCUCCCCAGGAGAAGAAGCCGUCAUCGGAUCAGGUCGUGGUUUUGAGAGUGUCACUCCACUGCAAAGGCUGUGCCGGGAAAGUUCGGAAACAUCUUUCAAGAAUGAAAGGAGUAACGUCGUUUAACGUGGACUUCGCAGCAAAGAAGGUAACCGUGACGGGAGACGUAACGCCGUUAGGGGUGCUUGCUAGUGUUUCCAAGGUUAAAAGCGCACAGUUUUGGCCCGAGACUAUCAAGUAAUCAUAUGUUUCCGUCUAUUUCCUUUCGCAGUAUCCGCAAACAUGACACUUGUUGCAGUUUGUUUGGUUUGUUGUUUUGUGUGACGCUUUAAUACAUGGCCACAUAUACAUACAUAUAUACAUACA